AUGGUUUACAAGGACACGUUUCUCUUCUUUAAGAAAGCCAAAAUUGUAUUAGUAACUAAUGAACAAAUCUAUGUUGUUGAUAGAAGGAAAAAAGUGGUCAAAAAGAGAAAUAAGAUCGAUGAACUUCUGGGAAUCACUAAAAGUUUAUAUACAGAUAGCAAAAAUUUUAUUUUACAUUUCUCUAGUAGAGCAGACGAAGAGCUGUUCUGUGAUUAUCGAAAUGAAUUGGUCGGAAUUCUAAAGAGAAGAUAUUUUGAAAUCACAUAAGGUAAUCUAAAAAUAUUCGGAGUCAGCACUAGAUCUCUCAAAGAUUUCCUUACUUCUGAAAGAGACCAACUUAGAAGAAUAUCUAAGAUACCUUCAAAUGAUUAUAGACUUUGGGAAGAGGAUAUUGUCAAGGAGCAAAGAAGAAGUGCUGGGGGAAGUAUAGUUUAAUAAAAUGAUGAGGAUGAUCUCGACUAUUAUGAUGACUUCGUGAUUAUUGAGAGAUUAGACAUUAAAAAGUAUAAUGAACCAAAGAAGCUAGAAGAAGAGGAAAAGAUUAAGGAUAGUGGUGAAAGUCAACUCUUGAUAUAAAAGCCUGGUUCAGAGAAUUAAUCUUUAAAAUUAGAGGAUUUCAAAAUCAAAAAAGUUAUUGAUAAAGGGUCUUUUGGAAAGGUUUUUUUAGUAGUGAAUAAGAAAAAUAAGAAACUGUAUGCCAUGAAAAGAAUUAAUAAGGAUAUACUGAUUGAUAAAAACUAAAUAUAAAACACAAAAAAUGAGAAAGACAUUCUAUUCUAGGCUAAUCAUCCAUUCGUACUAAGCAUGGACUACAUCUUCUAAAAUUAGUACAGACUUUACUUUUUCCUCAAGUAUGUCAGAGGAGGGAAUCUUUAUGAUCACUUGUUUGCCAAUAAAAGAUUCCCAGAAGCUACUGUAAAGUUUUAUGCUGCAUAAAUUGCAGUGGCAUUAGGCUACUUGCAUGCUAAUAAAAUAGUCCACAGAGAUUUAAAGCCUGAGAAUGUAUUAGUAGAUGAAGAUGGAUACUUAUACUUGGCUGACUUUGGCUUGUCUAAGUUUUUGCAAGGCCCAUAAGAUUAAACUCAUUCCUUCUGUGGAACUGCUGAGUAUCUAGCCCCAGAAAUCUUAGAUAUGAAGGGUCAUGGGUUUACUGUAGAUUGGUGGACUUUUGGCAUUUUAGUCUAUGAAAUGUCAACUGGCAGACCUCCAUUCAUGCAUAAAAAUCAUCAUUAGCUAGGAAUGCUAAUAAGAAACAGCCCAAUCGUCUACCCAGAUCCAAUUAAACAUAAGAUUCAUAUGAGUGACUUACUAAAAGAUUUAAUCAAUAAGUUACUCGAUAGAGAUCCACAUAAGAGACUAGGCUCUAAAGAUGAUAUUAACGAUAUAAUCAAUCAUCCAUUCUUCAAAGAUGUUGACUUUGAAAAAUUAUAGAAAAAGGAGAUAAUUCCUCUAUAUAAGCCUCCUUAAAAUUUGUUUACAAUUAAAGAUGAAGAACUUCAAGUUUUAUUCGAGGAUCCAGAAUUAAAGGAUAUAACCGAGGAAGAUAAUAAUGAUGAAAUCCCUGUGGAUAAGAGGUUACUUAUUGACUAGAAUAAAAACAAAUUUGAAGGCUUUGACUCCUGA